GGAAAAGGCUACGCCCCUGUGGCUGUCCGAGUGUGGGCGCCUAGGGGCCUCGGCGGAGCCCGAGGCAGCCCUGCGCUCGCGGAGGCGUGGCCGGCGCGCGGGGCCCGGGGCGCGCGGGGAUGGGGGUCACGGUGGACGUGCACCAGGUGUACAAGUACCCCUUCGAGCAGGUGGUCGCCAGCUUUCUCCGAAAGUACCCGAACCCCAUGGAUAAAAAUGUCAUCUCUGUAAAAAUCAUGGAGGAAAAAAGAGAUGAAUCAACAGGGAUCAUCUACAGAAAGAGGAUUGCAAUCUGUCAGAAUGUGGUUCCAGAAAUAUUAAGGAAGUCCUUAAGCACUCUGGUGAUUCUUUAUUGGAAAAAGGUGAGCAUUUUGAAAGUACCUAAUAUCCAAUUAGAAGAGGAGUCAUGGCUCAAUCAUCAGGAAAGAAACAUGGCUAUACGGAGUCACUGCCUUACAUGGACACAGUAUGCAUCCAUGAAGGAAGAGUCUGUCUUCCGGGAAAGUAUGGAAAACCCAAAUUGGACAGAGUUCAUUCAAAGAGGCAGAAUUUCAAUCACAGGAGCUGGAUUUCUCAACUGCAUUCUAGAAACUUUUGCCAGCACAUUCUUAAGACAGGGAGCCCAGAAGGGAAUUAGAAUCAUGGAGAUGCUGCUAAAGGAACAGUGUGGUGCCCCCUUAGCAGAAUAAAGAAUCAUCACAUUCUCAGCACAGCGUUCCAGACAGCUAUUACCAGUGAUUUGUCUAUUCUUGCUCACAUUGAAAUCUACCUGCUCUUCCAGACCUUUCAGUAAGUAGUUGAUAUGAAUGCCAUAAUGGAACUGAAACUCUCUUGUGUUGACUCUUGCUUUAGAUUCUUGGGUUGUACUGUAGAGUUAAAACUCUUCUUUUUUAACUUGUAGAAGUAAAUAGGUGAGUGUUUGCUGAGCAGAAAAAAAUAUUUCGAGUGAAAUCUCAGUCUCUAAGAGAGACUGCAACUUUCCUUCUUCUCUCGAUGCAAGCAACAGCACUAGUCCAGCAACUAAAACAAAAUUGAUGGAUUCCAUGUGGGCCAGUGUCUAGCUCAAGCUACUUUUAAUGGGAUAGGAAGCAUGUACAUUUCCUUGAGGUCACAACUUUAAAUCUGACCUGUGGCGAUAAGAACCACCUUCUGACAGCUCCUUGGCAGCUGCUGUGAAAUGAGAUAUGGAUCUUAGGACCAUUUCUUGUAGCAUGAGUCCACUUCAGCAAAGCCAUGCUGGAGUUACUGCUGGAGAGGGAGUGCUAAACUGAAGGGAAAAGGUAUAAAUGGAGACAGGCUGCUCUGUCUACCUGUCAAAGUGGUUUUGCCAGAGCCACCUUGAAGCCCAUUGGGUUAAAGGCUACAGUGACAGCUUUCACUGGAGAAGGGAUGAUAUUGGGCAGUGGGGGGUGCAUUCCUUUGCUGACUCAAAGAGUUAGAUUAAAAAUGCAGGAGCUUUACAGUUAAGAGAAAUAGCCCAGCCAACAGAUAGCAGAGAGGAGCUGUAUUCCUCAGCUCUGUCAGAUAAAGGAUAUUUAGAGUCACCUAAAAUUAUUUGCAUUUGAAUUAAAGAAGAGAAAUUCCUCAUUUGGAGGGCAAAAGAAGCCAGGAAGAAAGAAACCUGGCUCUUGGGUGUUAAGGUUCUGAUGGCCUUCUUCACUGUACUUCUUAGUAUAGUCUUGUUCUUGCUUGCUCAAAUGGAAAGGAGAAUGCACUAUUAUUUUUAAGACUCCAAGGUCUUACAACCAAAAAAAGUAGAUCUAAAGCAGAGAAACAAUUGAGGAUUUCAAAUUUCAAAAGCUUGUCAGUAUCUGUUUUCAAAAAUUCAGAGAAGAAAACCUGGACACAAUACUGCAUAUAAAAAGAAUUACCAUCUACCAAGCAACAACGGUUUGCCAGCACUUCUCUGUAUGACUUAUUUACAUUCUUCAAUAUUUCCUUUAUUUUACAAAUAAAGUAGCAGAGUUUACAGAAGCAACUUGCUCAGCUUACACAUCUAGUAAGUGAUAAAGUCUGUAUUUAAUGGCACAUCUAUCUAAUUUCUAGGCCAUCAUUGUUUCAUUCUACCUUGAUAUAUUCUGGUAUAGAAAAUGCCUUGAGGAACAGAUACCCCUAGCAAGGAUAAAAUAGAAUGACCUAAAAAUCCCUAAAGAUAAUGAUAAUGGGCACACUGCUGAGCACAUUAUGGGAAUCUCUCCAAUUAAUCUUCAGAAUAACACUAUGCAUUGGGUUCUAUUGUUUGCCAAUUUUACAAAGGAGGACAUUUAGAGAUCCUGGUUAACUCUCCCAAGGUCUCCCAGACAUUCAGCGAUGAAGCUGGGAUUAGGAUUCAGAUCUACCUUGCUUUCAAGGCCCAUCCUCUUAAUUUCUAAUGCUGGUGUGGCACAUAUUAAUACUUAUUAAUAGACGCACAUGAGAUUACUUUAGGGGGAAUACAAACAAAUAUAAUUUUUAAAAGUAGUUGUUUCACUACCAAAUUCAGUAUUUCACUUUUAAAUUCUACGUGAACGUCCACAGCCAGCUUAAGUCCCCACCUCCAUGAAGCUUCCCUCUGAAUUCCUGCUGCCUUACUGCUUGUACCACAAAACUGGACUUUUCACAUGAAUACCUGGUGGUAAUAUGCAGUUAUUGUUUCUCUUCAGUUGUGAGCAGACAUGGCAAAUAUAUCUCAAAUCAUGUUCUUCUAACUUUGAAAGAUGAAUAGCAACUGUUGAAGUGCUGUGUUGGAAAGGAAUUUGAGGUCGCCUGUGAGCUGAGCAGGAAAGGACACCAUGAUCAAUAGUGAUGUCUAUCAUGGGGCAGGUGAGGUGAGAAGAGGCCUGUGUGCUGCACAUUUGUCAUUCUUGUGUCUUGGUUUUCCAGCUAGAAGGUAACUCUUUGAGAAAAUGAUCCAUGGCUCCUUCAUACACUGCAUUUCCCUCAGCAUAUUUAUAGAUUCACUGAUUCUGACUCUCGUUUCUUUUGAAGACCAUUUCUGAAAUUCCAUAAGAAUCAGAAGCCAUUCAGUGAGUCUUUUGUGAAUAAUAAUUUAAAAAAUACAAAAAAGAAUGAGAAGCCAUUAUAUUUUCACUGUUGAUUACAGGUGUAGAAUUUGUACUUCUGGUUUAAAGACUGUCUUGGUCCGUUUUCUGUUGCUUAUCACAAAAUGCCAGUAAUUGGGUAAUUUAUAAAGAAAAGGAAAUUUUUUUUCUUAAGUUGUGGAGCCUGAGAAGUCAAAGGUUGAGGGGCCGCAUCUGGUAAGAGCCAUUUUUAUGGUGAUGACUCUCUAUAUAGAGUCCCAAGGUGGCUCAGAGAAUUGCAGAUAAGGAGGCUGAGCCUGCUUGCAUGCUAGCUCAGGUUUCUCUUCCUCUUCUCAUAAAGCCACCAAUACCCCUCCCAUGACAACCCAUUAAUCCAUUAACCCAUUAAUCCAUGAGUGAAUUAAUCUAUUAAUGAGGGCAAAGCCCUCAUGAUCCAAUCGCCUCUUCACAGCUCUGCCUCUCAGUACUGCCACACUGGGGUUGAAGUUUCAGCAUAAGUUUUGAUGGGGACAUUCAAACUAUAACAAAGACAAAAGAGCUGGUUACCAAAGAGCAUUUUGCUUUUCUUUCUCCCUACACUAUAAUCCAGCAAGUACUGAACAGGAGACUUAAAGAUGUGGGAGAGAAGCCAGGAGAUGGAGUGGAUCAGAAAAGCAAUGCCUUUGACCAAAAUGAGCUUCCACAAUAACAUUUGGGAGACAGUUUUUCUCACAUGCUAAUCCAGCCUUAUUCAAUCAAUUUGUUCCUUUGAUUUCACAUCUCUCUGGUUUUCUCUAUGAUUUCAUUACUUGUUGCCAAAGAACGGAUGGCUGAUAGCUAGGAAUGGCUGGUCCGAGGUCCUCUAGGCUUGAGAUUUCACCAGCAUCAUGUUAGGGUGAAAAACAGCAGCUGUCAGGAUCUGUUCACAGUGGGCUAUUGAUCUAGACAAGCGUCUGCAUUGGACCCAGAGAUAUCAAAUUGUAGCUGGGAAAAAAUGAUCUGCAAACAGAAUCCUGUAUAUUCAUCUAGCUUCUUGACAAAACUAUGCAGUAAGGAGUGCCAAUUCAGGCUCUGCUCAUCUCUCCUUUGUCCAUGCUCUGUUUAUUCUCUGUAGUGUUCCGAGAUGUUUAUUAUCUCCAGGGCAGGGCCCCCUUUUCUUGAGAAAAUAUAAUCUGUUUUUUAUUAUUAUUUCCCCCAUUCUAACUCACCCAGCAGCAUCCUGGGUCACAUUCCUUCAGAACCUUUUCUCUUAGCUGGUUGACUACGUGCUGUUUAGAAUAAGUUAUUCUCAGGCAGCUAAUGUAUUUUCCCUUCUAAAUGGCACUUGCAAGCAUAAUGCUUUUUUUUUGAUGGCUUGUUUGUUUUUAACAUCCUGGAAUCAUGUCCAUGGUGUGAAUCUCAGGCAUUGUGACAGGCCAGUGGAGGACAUACAUUUGCUUAUAGAGGUUUUCACUGAAUCAUACAGUGACAGGGUCCAUUCUUCUAUUUGAAUACUUCUGGGCAAUGGAUCUCAACCAGCAUCCCUAACAGAAGUGAGCUGUCAAAUUAUUAAUAAUAAUGUGUGAACUGAUUUUUGCUGUAACUGAGGCUUCAUGUGGGUAAAGUCACAUCUGCUCUAAUUUAUAGUUAAGUGGGUCAUGCAAUGCUGCACAGAGUUGAGUAAGACUUGGCGCAAAUAAAAGAUACAUAGCAUACCAUUAAGUUGGUGCCAAAAGAGACAGUAUGUUUACUGGAACAUAAGGAAAAGUAGGCCUUGUAUACAAAUAUGAAAGUCAAACUUAAGACAGACAAUGCUUUUACUCAAACAUUUGUUGGAAAUCACUAUUAUAGAGUAUUUUGUUCCUUUUUCUAUUUCCAGAGACUAGCUUGAUGCCUGACAUAAGGAAGGCACUCAAGAACUGUUUUGUAACCUAAGCAGUAAGAUUGAGGUUAGCACCUGCUAUUUAACCUCAUAUGCCCCAAUAUAAGGCAAUCUUGAAUUAAAUGAUCUUGCACUUUCUCCGAAAAGAAUAUGAUUUUUUAAAAAAGGUUUUGGUCCAAUUGAACAGACAUACUUCUAAGUCUGUAGAUGAAAUACUAUAGUUGCUGACCUACAAACAGUAUUUAUUUAGUUCAUUACACAUACAUACUUCAAGAAGUGAUAUAUUAAUUUAGAAAUACUGCUUUUUCCCACUUUUAUAUUUUUUGAGACAAUUUUAUUCAAACUCUUCAGAUGCACUUUUGAUAUCUUCUUUCUUAUAGUGCUUUUGACACUGUUCUCCCUUCUCCUGUUCCCAUUUCUUCUGAAGAUUCACAUUGUUCAAAGGAAAUUUAGGCUGUUGCCCAAAGACAUUUCAUAGUUGACAGUAUAACACUAAAUUAUGCAGAACCCCAUUGGCACCAAUAGGCCUGAUGCUGGUUUUGGCAUCCAUUAAUUCUUUAUUUCAAGAGCCCUUCUGGUGGCUUAGAAAGCACUGCUGUUAGUGCUGGAGCCAUUGAACGAGUGCAUUUUUUCUCAGUCUUCCCUGUCAGUAAUAGAAUAUGGCAAUAAGCUGUCUUCUCUAAUUUACUUUUGGGCUUUAGUCUGCCUAGAGGGUUAGGAGGAGGAACUGGGAGCUGAUGUAGGAGGAUCAGAACAGGAAAGAAAGACACAUUAGUGUGGUCCUGCCCCAGUCUGGAUUGUGCAAAUUUGGAGCAUUGAGCUACAAAGGGCUGUGGAGAUGAUGGAGUUCAACACCUUCAUAGUUUAGAAAAGUAACACGCGAAAAGAUUAGGGAAGGCACGUUUCCCAGGAUGUCUUUUCUGUUGACUCCAAAGGCCAUAUCCUUAACCAGUGUACUGUCCUCUAGAGAAAUCUGUGAUUCUCGACCUUGCUCAUCCUUCGCUAUGAAUCCUUAGGCAAGAUACUUAGCUUCCAUGAACUUGAGUUUCCCAUUAUCUUCAAAAUGGUGUAGUCACCCUCAUGGUGAUUUUGUAAGCAGAAGCGAAAAUGAUAUACAUAAAGUGCUCAAAUCCCUUUGACACUGUAGUGCAACAUAUGGUAGCUACUGUUAUUAUUAUUAAUACUAGAGUUGUGAUGAUUAUUAUUUUGCAUUGUAGGUCUUUUUCUAGGCACGAAGUGCUCUCCUGCUACCCUUUUCUAUCCCUCCCACAUAGACUCACUAUAUUUCAAUACAAAAUAUACAAUUUAAAGAAUUGUAAGUUAAAUUGUAACUUCAGUUACAGUGUUAAAUGAAGUCGUAUUAAGUUAUUCAUAACAAUAAAAAUGUCUUUUUCCUUUUCUUUGAGUUACUCUGUCUGGAAACAUUGACAGUGCAUUUACAUGAGGCUGGGAGACCAGAGGCCACAUUCUGAGGUCCAUAUCUCCCAGCACAAAGGUUAAGGGUAAGCACAAGUGAGGGAGGCAAUUCAAAGAAGCAAACAGGGAAGGCCUGGCAGUGAGUCCCUUUUCCACCACGCCUUCCCCACAUCCCAUUCUAAGCUAGGAGAUUCCUUUACUUCUUGACUCUUACCAGCCUACAGUUUUGAAUAUUCCAACUUUCCAGCUGCUAGGUCCAUGCCUGCUUUUGGUAAUCAACUUAGCUAACACUUGUUGAGCACCUACUAUGUGUGCUUAAAUUGUGAUAGUUUUUGUGGAGUCUGCCUUAAAAUGGAAUUGUAGUCUGAUAUGGUGAAACAAAUGUACACAUAGGGUAUAAAAGGGGAAAAUGAGGACAAGGAGGUUUCUAAUUGUGAACUGAAGUGAAAAGGAACCAACUGCCAAGUUCCAGAUGGAAUCAAUGAGAUAAUGGUGCUGGCCUUGAUUGUGCCCUGGUACCUGGGUUAUUGGUGAGCAGUCUCUGUGAUCUAGAGAAUAACAGUAUGUUAUUGCCCACUGGAGAGUGAGAUGAGACUCGCUUACCUUGAAGUCUGUGCCAUAGCCCUACCACUUCGCAUGUGCUCUGACCCUCUCCUAACUCCAGCCUCAUCUUAGGUCAGACUCUCCUUCACUCCCUCUGCUGCAGGUUCAUUUUCCCAGCAUACUGAGCUCUUUCUGCCUUAAGUUCUCAUGCAUCUGCCUCAAACUUCCCAUCUUCCCAAUUUCAGCUUAAAUGCCUUAUCUUCAUGGAGAUUUUUCUGGAACACAGUACCCAAAGUAUCCCCUUUCCAGUUACUCUGUGUCUCACUACUCUGUUUUACUUUUAUCUUAGCCCUUACUCUGUAACUCUCUAGCUUAUUUAUUGAUUUAUAUGUUUUGUUAAUCAGUUUGCAUUGUGAUAAAGAAAUGCCUGAGAUGGUAAUUUAUAAGGAAAAGAGAUUUAUUUUGGCUCAUGGUUCUGCAGACUGUACAGGAAUCACGGCAGCAGUAUCUGCUCUGCUCCUGGUGAGGUUUUAGGAAGCUUUCAGUCAUGAUGGAAGGCGAAGGAAAAGCUAACAUAUCCCAUGAUGAGAGAGGGAGCUAGAAAGAAAGUGAGAGAGAGGUCCCAGACUCUUUUAAACAGCCAGAUCUCACGUGAACUAACUGAGCAAGUACUCAUUCAUCACCAAGGGGAUGGCACUAAGUCAUUCAUGAGAGAUCUUCCCCAUCAUCCAAUAUUUUUCACUAGGCUCCACCUUCAGAAUUGGGAAUCACAUUUCAGCACGAGAUUUGGAGGGACACACAUCCAGACCGUAUCACAUGUUACAUUUCCAUGGAAAUACAUGCUUCAUUAAGUGUAGAAAUGAGUAUGCAUUUUAGGAGGGGUCUAGGGCUGGGUCUCUGUGGGAAUGGACCUUGGUGGGUGCAAGGCUACCCUUUGACCACAUUUUCUAUCUGCCUUACAGUAUUGUUUUCGCCCUUCUUCCUUUAACAUUUUUUUUCCUUCAUAGUCCUAACAAUUGUCACAUUAACAUCUUAUAAUAAUUAUAAGGAGAUGUUUUUCGAGCAUGUCCAUUGGCUUAUCUUUUUUUGCAGAGACAUGUUUUGUUCACUGUUGUAGCCUCAGUGCCUAACACAUUGCCAGGCACAUAAGAGGUACUCAGUAUGUUAACUGAAUUGUCUGUAGCACAUUGUGGCUGUGUGCUUUUGGUAAGGUAUAUGACAUCUAUGAGCAUGUUAUAUGACUUGUAGAAUAUGGGAUGAGAUGGGGGAAUAAUGGUACACCAAUUUUGAGAGAUUUUGAGAGGAUGCAGAAAGAUAGUGACUGUGAAAUGCUUAAUACAUCAUAGAUAUUAGCAUAGAGAAUGCAUGAGCAAAAAGAGUCUUUUGGGUCUCUGUCUCCCUUUUGGAGAAGUAAACUUGGAUGCCUGUCUCUGAGGCAGAGUCAGCAUUUGAAGAGUCUAGAGUUUGUGCCUGAUGCAUUCAUAGCACUUAAGGGCUCAUUUCACUUUCUUUCUUUCUUUUUUUUUUGCUGAGAUGGAGUCUCGCUCUGUCACCCAGGCUAGAGUGCAGUAAUGCAAUCUCUA